UCCUAAACUUCCACCAAAACAAAAACAAGGCAAAUGUAUAAAACAAAAAUUAAGAAAAAAAGGACAAAGAUUGAAUUUUUCUUCACAUUGACUCCCUUGAAUCCAUACAAUCAAAUUUUAUAGAAGAAAAAACCCAGAAAAUUUACUCAGAAGGGUUCACUAAAAUUGUGCCAAAAUUGCGAAUACUAAAGAGUACGAGCUGCAAAAUGCAGCAGAAGGGACAAUAAUUAGUCCAUCUUCUGUUAUGGAGGACCAACUGCAUGCUACGCCAUCGUCGACGUUACCCCUUUUUGAAGUUGCCGAGCUACAUCCGGCACCGUCGAGUUUAAUCAUCGAGGGAGGGGAUUAUCCUCAGGUACAAAGCUUUGCGGAUGUUAGGAACAUAUUGUUUGUGGAGUCUUCUAAGAUAUGGUCUAUUGCAACUCCUAUUGCGUUCAAUAUUUGGUGCAAUUAUGGGAUCAACUCCUUCACCAACAUUUUCGCGGGUCAUAUCGGCGAUAUCGAGCUAUCGGCUGUCGCCAUUGCUUUGUCGGUCGUCGCGAAUUUUUCAUUUGGUUUCUUGUUAGGAAUGGCGAGUGCACUCGAGACCCUAUGUGGGCAAGCAUUCGGUGCUGGACAAAUAGAUUUACUCGGCAUAUACAUGCAACGAUCCUGGAUAAUCUUAUUCGCCGCCUGUUUCGCCUUGUUGCCUCUCUACUUAUACGCCACCCCACUACUAAAACUCCUCGGUCAAGAACCUGGCAUUGCCGACCUCGCCGGAGAAUUCACCAUGCAAGUCAUGCCCCAAAUGUUCUCAUUAGCCAUCAAUUUCCCCACCCAAAAGUUCUUACAAGCACAAAGCAAAGUCGGGGUCUUAGCCUGGAUAGGCUUCGCCGCCUUCGUCGGACACAUCCUAAUCAUUUUCCUCUUUGUUAAUGUCUUCAAAUGGGGUACCACAGGUGCUGCGGUGGCUUAUGAUAUAUCAGCUUGGUUGGUUGCUUUGGCUCAGCUUAUAUAUGUGGUGGGAUGGUGUAAGGAUGGCUGGUCCGGGUUGUCGUGGCUAGCUUUUAAGGAUCUUUGGAGUUUUGCUAAGCUUUCUAUAGCUUCGGCGGUGAUGCUUUGUUUAGAGAUUUGGUACUUCAUGAUGAUAAUUGUUCUUACUGGUCACCUUGAAGAUCCAGUCAUUGCGGUUGGGUCCCUUUCAAUAUGCAUGAACAUCAAUGGCUGGGAAGGCAUGCUAUUUAUCGGGCUAAAUGCAGCUAUAAGUGUAAGAGUGUCUAAUGAGCUUGGAUCAGGCCAUCCAAGGGCAGCCAAAUAUUCAGUGAUAGUCAUUGUUGUGCAAUCUCUUCUGAUAGGGUUACUUUCAGCACUUGUAAUCAUGGCUACCAGGAACAAAUUUGCUAUCAUAUUUACAGAUAGCGUAGAAAUGCAAAAAGGGGUGGCUAGUUUGGCUCAUCUUCUUGGCAUAACCAUGGUGCUAAAUAGUGUGCAGCCAGUUAUAUCAGGUGUUGCUGUGGGAGGAGGUUGGCAAGCCUUGGUAGCUUAUAUAAACUUGUUCUGCUAUUACAUUGUUGGCCUCCCACUUGGAUUUUUUCUCGGUUAUCACAUUCAUUUUGGGGUCGAGGGAAUUUGGGUUGGCAUGAUUUGUGGGACAUUCUUGCAAACGUUGAUCCUCUUGUACAUUAUUUAUCAAACUAAUUGGAACACAGAGGUUGAGCAAGCAUCUGAACGAAUGCAACAAUGGGGAACUGAACUACAAGUCUCCGAAAACAAAGAAUAUAACUUUUCCCACUAAAUAUUCAACAUUGUCAACGUUUGCAAACGAACCACAUUUCGUAAACUUUAGUUGAAAUCCCUCGACAAAAACUUAAUUUGUACAAUUUUUGUACCAUCUUUAGAUUGGAUUCCUUUGCUUUUAGAGCCUUCAAGUAUAGUUUUCUACAAUAUUUUUUUUUUAAUUUAGCCAAAUGCAAAAUACUACAUGACAACAUGCAUGUAAAUAGCUAAUGGGCUUGGUUACCAAAAAGAAAACAUUUUAGAUAACAAUUUGCUGCUAUAUAUAAAAUUUAGUAAAAAUUAAAUCACACAUGGCUUGAUUAAGAUAAUGUAACUAAACUAUUUUAUGAAUUAAUAUUAUUUUCAUUUUU